ACAAUGUAGCGCUCGAGAGAAGGCGUUUCAUACGAGUGUUACAAACAGCAAGAGAAGGAAGCUGCACGCACGCCGUUUUUGAUAGCCUUAACACAUACGUUCACUGAAAAAUACUAGCUGGAGAGAAUAGGCCUACUGCUUUGGGCAUUCUAAAAGCUAGUAUUGAUGACUAUUGCAAAACACGCGCUUUCAGCAGUUUGCAGCGGCUGUUAGUGAAGUCACCAUGUGGAAUCAUUCUUGAUUUGUAAAAGGGAGCGACAGAGCGCUGACGUGCAAGAAAACGGGAAAGUUAAGGGCGUGAGGAGCGGGAUGUGGGGCGAGGAGGGGGCCGGAGAAGCGCCCAUGUACGUGUACGAGUCCACAGUCCACUGCACCAACGUGCUCCUGUCCCUGGAGGAGCAGCGGCGGCAGGACGUCCUGUGUGACGUCACCGUGGUGGUGGAGGGGGCCGAGGUGCGGGCUCACCGGGCCGUCCUGGCGGCCAGCAGCCGCUACUUCCUCCAGGCGCUGCUGGGACACACGCAUGCUGGGAAGGAGCCUGUCAUCAGCCUGCCUGAGAAGGUCACGACACGAGGCUUUGCUCCUCUCUUACAGUUUGCCUACACUGCCAAGUUGGUCCUGAGCAGAGACAAUAUCCACGAGGUCAUCUUCUGCGCCGACUUCCUUGGGGUCCAUAACCUGGAGGACUCCUGCUUUAGCUUCCUCCAGGCCCAGCUCAACAGUGACAGCCAGCACAGCAACGGCCGCCAAGUCCACCGCAAGCCAACGCACAAUGAGGACACCAUCACCCAGGAUGGAGGUGCUGAGUCAGAGGAGAGGAUAACAGAAGCCCGCAAGGCAGCCAGGACACCAGAGGCAGUCACAGCCGCAAACAAGCGGCGUCCCAAUCACUCUGCCCUCGGGCCACUGACCCCUGAACUUCCACGAUGCCCCAAAUACAGGAGGUACCAGCAGGCCUGUGCCACGCAAAAUGGGGUGAAUAGUGCCGAAGGCGAUGAUGGCAGUGAUGAUGUCCUUGUUCAUAAUACCUCGGCUGUCUGCCCUGGUCACCUCACAGAAACCAGCUCUUCCGAGGAAGGCCUCCAGCACCCCCUCCUCACGCCCUCCCAGAUCAAAGAGGAGAACCCCUCAGAGGAGUGGGUCGGAGAGGAGGAGGAAAGCAGGGAACCAAGCCCCUCAGACUUGUCGGAGGAGGUCCUGGAGAUGGAGAUGGAGGUGAAAGGGGGGCCCAUAUUCCAGCAUCCCCCAAGCCGAGGCUCACCCUCCUCCUGCCUGCGUUCCUACCUCCAGAGAGAGGGGCUGGAUUUCAGUGGCCCCCUCUCCGGUUCCUCUACCAGCACCAUACAGCAGCUAUUAACCAACAGACUGGCACUCUCUAACCACCAUAGGGUAUGUGAAAAGGAGAAAGGGCCAUCUCAGGGGCACAGCAAAGGGGACUUCAAGACUGGCAUCACAGGCACUUCACCCACUACUGAGGCAGACGAGGACGCAGAAAGACUUGCGCCUAAAGUCAUGUCCUGUGACGAUGUCUCCAAACAGGAAGAGGAGUUCGACCGUUGCAGCGUCAUAUUUUCCUCGGCCGGUGGUGGUGCUGAGCGUCGGGGAACGGCGUCCAACUCCUAUGCCGACCGGAAGUCGACCGAUUUGUCGGAGUUCCCUUCCAAGGGGCCUUGGACCGGUUCUAGCCAGUCACUUUCUUCCUCCCAAACCUUCUCCUCUUCUGAGUUGGCAGUCCCUCUCACACCCCGGCCUCGUCCCACCACCAGUUGCCCGGUCCCUAUUAAGAUCUCCCCCCGCUCCCCCCCACACGUGGAGCCCCGUACCCGGACAUCCAGCUCCUGCUCCUCCCUCUCCUAUUUGGAGGAGGAUUCUCCCUCCAGCAUGCCUCCGUUUGACUUCUCCUCCUCCCCCUGCUCGGGCUCCGUGUCGGGGCUCGUCCACUGCUUGGCUGGGGUUGGGGAGACCCAGAAGAACCAUCAUGGUGGUGAUGGUGAGGGAGGACGAGGAAGAAGAGAGGCCAUGUUCUCUCAGGGCUGCACCGAGAUCAAGUGCGAGCCCAACGGGGUCAACUCCAGCGACGAGUCAGGGUCGUUCUCCGAGGGGGACAGCGAGAGUGGACCGGCAAGGGAGCCGGCUCCUGAGGUUAAACUGCCCUUUCCCGCCGACCAGAUCACCACUCUUCCACGGAAUGACUUCCAGAUUAUGAUCAAGAUGCACAAGCUGACCUCAGAGCAGCUGGAGUUCAUCCAUGACAUCCGCCGACGAAGCAAGAACCGCAUCGCCGCUCAGCGCUGCCGCAAGAGGAAGCUCGACUGUAUCCAGAACCUGGAGUGUGAGAUCCGCAAACUGGUGUGUGAGAAGGACAAGCUACUGAGCGAGAGGAACCAGUUGAACGUGUGCAUGGGCGAGCUGUGGCAGAAUCUCUCCUACCUCUCCAAGGAAGUCUCCAAGGAUGUGCAGGACAGCCAGGACAAACCUCCCUACACCAACAUCCUGCACCCCGCCAUCCUCGCUGCCACACAGGGCCGAGACACCACUACAGCCCCCGUCACCGCCAGCAUUGACCUGACCUCCACCCCGGGGUCGCCCGUCUCCGAGGGUAGCUACGUCAAGUCCCUCUCUUACACAGAGAAUGAAUUUCCUUGCCAGGCCCAGGGUGAUGGAGGUCAAGGGAAGCAGAGACGGAAGGUUUUCAGGGUAGAGGACUCCAAUCUGAGACAUCAAGAACCAGAAUCCUCCCUAGAGCCUGGUUCCUCAAUGGAUCCAUGUAGUCCUGCAGUGACCAUAGAUUUCUGUCAGGAAAUGACUAAGAAAUGCACAACGGAGGAAUUGUCUGGAGAAGACUCUGCCUCUCCUGGCAGUAAUUGAAACAUGUUUCUUUGGUUAGCAUCUACUUUGAUGUAAAUGUUGUUGAAGUACCCUUUUUUCAUAAAGUUUGACACUACAGUUGUCUUAUCAGCAAUAUUGUUAAACAGGUAUUUUUGGAGUUAUGAAGCUCCUUUGGUAACAACAAUAGCACUGGCAGCUUCCUAUAUCCUGCUCCUUGAUCUCUCUCCUCCCCCUUUCUCUCUUUCUAACACACUCACGCACACACACACAAACACACACACAUUCACACACACAAACACACACUCCUUCUUAGUCUCUUUGUCCCUUCCCUCAUUCCCUCUAUUGACAUGGAAGGGUGAACUCAGGAAUUCCUCUGAAUGUUCAAUAAUAAUAUAUCCAAUAACAUUUUACUUCAUGGUCCAGUAUUUACAUGGUAAUUACAUGGUCAAAACGUUAUUUAGGAAGUACUAACAAUGAUACGUUUUGUUAGAGACUCUUGCACCAAGGUGUUACUGCUUGAUUGUCUUAGAAGCCAAUAAGAAAGUAUUUUAUAUUACCAUGUUAUUUCCUAGUAGAUACCAAAGGUGUGACAGGACUGUAAAAUAAAAUGUUACCAAAGUUACUUUGUUACAAAAUUGUUCAAGACAGUUCUGUACAGCAGACAGAUAGGGUAUCAAUAUGCAAAGUUUCUUUCAUUUCACAUCUCGUUCUUUCCCCAAGAACAUUUUUAUUUCUGUACAUUCCUCUUUGGCCUUCUACACAUCUGUGGUAAGAUUUGGGAAAGAAAGACCAAAUGGGCUAAAUGGGGAAAUGGAGAUGACAAAACAGCACUGCCCUUUACCUCCAAGAGGUGGCAAAUACAUUUUUAGUCAAACUUAAUGCUUUGAUGUUGGCACUUAGAAAUCCUUAGAAAUAGAACUCCUUAGUACUUUACUAGUAAAUGGUGUCAAAAACAAGCGAACACUUAACUCAAUCAUAAUGCUCUUUUUUGAGCCACAAAUUCAUUCUUACAUGUUGUGAAAAGUAGUAUGCUGUAUUUCGUAGAUAUUUUAACCCCUUUUUGAUGUACAUACUGCACGUAAAAAGUAAGAAUAGGAAAUGUAUCCUCUAAGUAUUCUCCAUAAUUCUUACUGUCAAAUUCUGUGUAAAAAAACACACACACAAAAACAAUUUAAAGAUAUUUGAUCCCAUAGUUGCUUUUUCUUUGAAAAGUGUUCUGUUUAAGUCUGCAACAUGCUUCAUGGUUGGCACAUGUGCACUUAAGUGACACAUUUUGAGAACCAUGUAAACUUAGUUUUUAAAUCCAGCUUUUAAAUAAUUUUAACACCAUGUACUCCUCCCCACAAUUAAACCAAUAUAACAACUCCACAGAAUACCUCUACUCUGAGUACACUGAAUAUAUAUACUGACCACCUGUUUUUAAUCAAAUUGGAUAAGUAAAUAUGAAAUUAUCUUAAUGUAUUUAUUUUUAGGAUGUUUUGAGGGGUCUUGUUCAGAAACAGUGUUAGGCCCUUACCUGGUAUUGAUUUUGUGGUUUGUGAAGUUUGUUGUUUAUAAACUGACAGUUGGAUUUAGACAUGUCCUUUCGUGUUUUUAUGAAUCACAAUGUCUAGAUUAAAUUAUGACUUUUAACUUAGGAGAUGUAUGUUUACAAAAUUCUGUUUUACAUGUUAGUGGAGUUUUUUCAUGACAAGAGACUUCAUUUGGAUUGAUGAGUUCAGGAUUUUCUUUUUCAUUUGUUUCUUUUUUAUAGAACAUUGUGAGUGAAUAUGUAACAAUUUACUCAUUUGACAAGUGCAGCUCCAAUUCUUGCCUUAGAGGUUAGCUUAUUGAGGCCAAACAAGAAAGGGAACUGAAGGUUAGCCAAUUGAAAAUGCACAUGUUAUAACCCUCACUGCAGACAACACACAUCAGUGCCACAAGAAAUACUAUACAUGUUUGUAUGUAACUUCUCUGACGAUGUGCACUUGUUUAACCGAAGCCAAGCUCACUUUCCUCAAAACAGCCAGUUAUUAUUCUCCAGUGUGUUCUGCAGUGCAGGAUUGGUUGAAUCCCAGAAGGAGUGUAUGCAGAGGUUGUAAAGCCUCAAAUGAUCAUUAUGGACUCUCACACUUAUCUACCUGUACAAUUCAGCAUACCUCUUCUUUUGGGUAAGGACUGUAUCAUAGGCAUAAGUCGUAUGUGGUGGUGUUUCUCUUUUUUACAUGGACAGUGGUUAUUAUUGUAUUUGUAGAUUUUGGUGAGCCAGUUUUUACGUGUCUUUUAAGUACCUACAAGUUGACUCUUAUUUGCAGAAUCAGCUAUUUUGGGGUUCCUUUUUAUCUUUGAAUGUUCAAAUUGCCUGAGUUUGUUAUAAUUACUGUAAAUAUUGUGGAACUUGUGUUUUUGGUUCAUUUGAUAUGCAAAAUGUUUGGAAAGAUUAAAAAACUUUUUUGUCAAGGAAGUUUCUGUUUAUGAAAUAAAAACAAUAGCAUGUG